CGGCGCCGCAACACUCAACUACAAAGUUCUAGUCACUCCGGUAAUAGACUUAUUAACUGUUUAACACUUCAACUAAAAUGUUGUUAAUCUUAUGAAAGCAAUAACAAUGUGUUUACCGAUGGAAGUUUUUUGUUGUUGUGUCAGUUUGGAACUGGGAACGAAGAUUCUGGGUGUGGUGCACAUGGUGUUAACAACACUAAUCUCAUUAAUAUACGGACUGGUGUCAGCACAGCUGAACUACCUGGAGCCCUCUCGCCGCCUGUUCUACGGCCUGGUAAGCGCUUCAGCCGCCGCCGUGCUGCUGCCCACCUGUCUCAUGACAUACGGAGCUUUCAAGCAAAAACCAAAGUGGCUGUGGCCAUGGGUGGUGCUGUCUUGGGCGGCGAGCAUUGUGAUGGUGGGGCUGGCACUGCUGGGCACAGUGCUCAUGGCCAUGCCGGCCGAGGGGAAUAGUUAUUCCGACAUCAGUACUAUGGCAUCCGUAUACUUUGUUUAUGCCGUGAUAUUAUACUAUUCAGCGUGUGUAGUGGACAGCCGGCGAGUAGAGCUGACGCUGGAGGACAAGAGAGAGACGGAGCAGUGGCUCAUGAGGAGCAGACACGUGCCUCAAACACUGCUUUAUGAAGGAUACGAGGCAGCGACAUUCAGUUGGACAGUAUAUAUAAUAUCUAUUGUACAAUCCAUUCAAUUAAUUGAAAAUGCAGAAGAUAAUUCCAAUGCUAACUUUAAUACUACAACACUGUAUCCUGUGGAUAAAAUACCAUUUGUAAAGAUUACCACAGAACAUACUAAUGUAGUUAAAAUAUCUGAAGAGGAUCUCAAAACAGAUAGAACAACUUGGAAGAUUAACACAAGCUUUGCUAUACCUAAUAAAGAAGAAAGAACACAUUUACCAAUAAAAACAAAUAAGUUAAAAAACGUUAAGGAUUGCAAAGAAUCUAAUCAUAUUAAACAAGUACAGAAUGAUAAUAAAGAAUCAAAAUAUUCACUAACGUCACCAAAAGAAAACAACGUAAACGAAGAUGAAACAGCUCCUAAAAAAGAAACAGAAGUAACUAAGAAGUACAAAGAAAAUGAACAAAACUUGAAGAAGGAGUUUAAGCCGAGUCCUCAUUUGAACUCUUACUAUGAUACUUUAGACGAUUCUCCUUUCAAUUCUUUUACUACAUCAGCACCAACACUAGACACGACUACAUUUUUCGGGUCUUCGAGAGAUCAGAUCAAGCCACACCACAAUAACCAUGAGGGAUACGUCGCUUUCCCUUACAAAUAUGAAACAUACUCAGCCGUCGACAGCUCUUCAGUAUGGGGACAGAGCUUGCAGUCCAAACCAACGAUAGAGGCGCCUGUCAGAAUUCCCGCUGGAGGUCUUUACAAACUACCUGAUGUUUUAAGAGAGAAACCAAAUUCCUAUGAAGAAAAUGAUUAUCCCCCGGAUUCUAUUGACAAUGUUAAAGAUAAUUCUCUCAAAAAAAGACCAAAUCCUUGGAAGAGUCUUCUUCACCUGGUGACAGCUCUACUUCCUGUAGGCCUCAUUGUAUCCGCGCUGACACCUUCCAUACUCACCAUAGAGGAUUCAUCGAACACACAACAGUUCAAACGCGUGUCCCGCGGCCUGAGCGAGUCCCGGCUUUCCCCUGCACUGCCGGCACUCCCGGCAGUCAGUGAGGACUGCAAGCGCCGUUUGCUUUGCGAGAUACACUCUGACAGACACUAUGAUCCCAGCGGUCGCCGGCGGAGGAAGCAGUGUCGCAAGCUGCGCUGUGAGGACCCGCGCGCCCUCAGCGACAUGCUGCACUGGCUGCUCACAUAUCAUCGCGCAACUCACAACACAGACAGAGGAUAUACCUAA